CAUAUCCAUUUCAUUUUCAUACACUCCCGUGUUUGUGAAGAACUAUUUUGUUAAGUAAAAUUAAGAUUACGUCUUGUAAAAGGAAAUUAUUUAAAAGAUGGAAAAAUUGAAAAAUAUCGACGUGAAUUCAGUGAUCUGGAAAUCUAUUAAAGGAGAUGGGCUUAAUUUGGAAUAUACUGUGCCCAUAAAUAAAAGUAUAGCUAGUGAGAUUUUUAGAGAACUCGAAAGUACUUUAGAAUAUUUCACCGGAGAUCUGUCUCAAAUAAAAGUAUUUGGAAAGGUUUACCCCUUACCGCGUCAGCAGGUAGCUUACGGCGAUCCAGGGAUAACUUACACAUACUCUGGAACAACAGUUCCUGCAUUGCCUUGGCCAGCACCCGUGUUGGCUUUGCGAGACUUUCUGCUAGCUCUCAAAGGCGUUAAAUAUGACUUUGUUUUGGUUAACAAAUACAGAAGUGGUACUGAUCAUAUGGGUGAGCAUAGAGAUAAUGAACCGGAGCUAGAUCCUACUGCGCCUAUAGCGUCCAUUUCCUUUGGACAAGAGAGGACUUUCGUACUCAAGCAUAGAGAUGCACGGAAACCAGGGAAAGAUAAGAAGCCGAUACCUCCAGUGAAACUGGAAUUGGAGCACGGCAGCAUACUACUAAUGAACCCACCCACAAAUGAAAUAUGGUAUCACUCUCUUCCGACUCGAAAAAAGUUAUUGGGUGCAAGAAUAAAUUUAACGUUUAGAAAAAUGAUCAUUAAACGUCAUUAAUUAGAAUCUAGCAGCGAUAAUGAACGUUGUGUGAUAGACAAUAUUUUUUGUAAGCAGAAUGCCAUUGUUCCUUUGUCAACAUUCAAUGUCGAUGACGUUUAAAAAAAAAACAAAUGUCAAAUAAUAAUGAUUUGUUGUGUGUGUCGAUGUUACAA